CAGCAGGGAGGCAGUGUGCCCCCAGGACCAAAGCCGUGGGGAAGGGGCGGAGCGUCACGCUUAGCCCCGUAAUGCCUGGCAGCUCCCUCCGGCUGCUCAGCGCAGGCUGGACCCAGCCCAGAGGCGGCAGCGAGGGAAGCGAGGCAGCCCACGGCCGUCUGUCCACACUGCGCUGCUGGUGAAGGUGAGAGGCUUGGUACUGACGGGGAAGGAGUGUGGGAAGUGAAGUUAGAGCUGUGGCAGGAUGAAGGAGAAUGGACAGCACUCAGCAAUGGCCGAGAGCUCAGCUGCGGCAGUGGCAGGAACAGCAGCACCAACCGUGCUAGAUGAGCUCCUGGAGAUCACAGCUCAGAGUCUGGUGCGCACUGAGGUGGCCGAGCACUAUGAGGUUAUUCGGGAGCUGGGCAGGGGCAAGUAUGGCCACGUGAUGCUAGUGACCCACAGGCAGAGAGGGACUCCUAUGGCUCUCAAGUUGCUACCCAAAGCCAGUACUAAGCUGCACACCUUCCUGUAUGAAUACUGUGUGGCGCUCUCCCUUGCCACCCACCCUGCCAUCAUCAGCAUGUUUGGAAUUGCCAUCGAGUCCAGCCAGUACUAUGGCUUCCUCUACGAACCAGCACUGCACAAAGACCUCAUCUCUAUCAUCAAACCCCGGGAUGGGAUCCCUGAACCGGCUGCCAAGCAGUGUGCCAAGCAGCUCGUGAGUGCACUGGAGUUCAUCCACAGCCGUGGGCUUGUGUACCGUGAUGUCAAGCCUGAGAAUGUGCUGCUUUUCGAUCCUGAGUGUCGGCGCAUCAAGCUGACUGACUUCGGGCUUACGCGGCCCAAGGGUACCAAGCUCAAGCUGGUGGCUGGCGUAAUCCCCUACACCGCCCCGGAGCUUAGCAACACUGCUGAUGCCCAGGGGGUGCCCAUUGACACCAGUUUGGAUGCCUGGGCCUUUGGCGUGCUGCUUUUCUGCCUGCUGACUGGCUACUUCCCUUGGGAGCAGAGCCUGCCAGAUGACCCUUUCUUUGAGGACUUCAUGCUGUGGCAGGAGACAGGCCUGGAGGAGGACCUGCCCCGCCACUGGAAACGCCUGACAGCCGAGGCUGCCCUGAUGCUGCGGAGCCUGCUGGCCCUAGAUCCCGCCAAGCGUGGCCCUGUCAGUGGGGCGCUGCGCUACGUCGAUUGCCCUUGGCGGCUGGAGGACAGGCACAGUGAGGAGGCUCUGGUGAAGCCCUAGAGCCCGCUCCCCGUGGGGGGAGGGAAAGCGGGUGUCACCCUGUCAGGGGCUUUGGGGUCUGGGGCACCAUGGUGGCCUUGGUGUUGAGAGGCCAUGGUGACCUGGAGAGCAAUUUCUUUGCAGCAAUGUCCCUGCUGCCAUGGAGCCAGGCUCCUUCCCCAGCUGAUGGUCCUCACCCCAUGGCUCAGUGCUGGCCUGUACCACCUCCCUGUGCUUCUCCUUUCUCUUGGAAACAACUGUCUACAUGUGAAACACCCACUCACUUCCUGGCCACAGGGACUUCAGAGCAUUUUCUAGGGGCUGCAGCACCUGUCUUGUCUCAAAAUAGAGCAAAAUAUGUACUUUCAUGUUUCUGUAUGUGGCUCUUUUUCCCUCAUAAUAAAAUGCCUGUUGGGGAGAGCUUGCUGUGGGAGAGCAGGGGCAUGACAGAGCCUGUGGCCAUCUCAGGACAACCUGAGUGAGUCAGGGGCCACCCCUGGAUGCUGCCUGGGCCUCCAGCAGGACCCUUGAAGGGUGGCUUCAGGCUGGUGGGGUGGAGGUGCUGGGGAGCAUCCAGCAUGUGCCUGCUGGGGGCUGAUGAUGGCAUUGAGAAGGUGGUGGGACCCAUGGAGGUGGGGUGUUGGAGAAAGCCACAGGGAAUUGCAUGUUGUAACCUGCCCACUGCUGUGCAUUUCUUCCCAUUUCCUUGUGUUCAGGACCAGGUGACAGAUUGGCUCUUCUGCACAGAGGGUUGUUAGCAGCAUGAGUCUGUGUCAGUUUGCACAAGUGUCCCCCUUUACUUCCUGCCACUCAGGAAAAUGUCCUUCUGCAAACACUGACAGCCCUGCUGAAGCACAAUUCACCCCUCGAGUUGCUUAGGUGCAAGUGGAAACGUGAGCUCACUGCCAUGAAUGUCCACAUGUAUGAUUCAGCUGAAAAGACAGUAGCACUGUGAGGGAUGGUCAGACUGGGCAUCACUGGGAAAGGCUAACAGAGGAGCUGUAACCACAGUGUGCAUAAAUUUAUCUGUAUAAAUAACCCCAGCAGAAUUCCCCUAGUGAUACUCCCAAGCAGUCCUACACCAUUGCUUUGCUCUCACUCCUCAUCCUCCUCCAGACUGACUGCUCCCUCCUCAUAGAGCCAGACCCUUUCUGUAUGACCCUCCCCUACCACUUCUUCCCUGCUUCUAUUCUCCUGAAUGCCUCAAUCCCAAGGAACCAUUUCCAAGACUACCCAAGCACACCUCCUCCCCUGUACUGCCUUCAGGUCUGAAAAGGAUGACCUUCACACUCUUUUAGAUGCCCGAUAAUCCCUCUAGAAGACCUUCUCUUUCCCACCUCCUUUCAUCACUUUAAUGCUUCCUCAGCAACACACCUCUUCUAAUCCCUUAAUAUAUUUCUAGGUACACAUUUUAAUCCUGGAAAGAGGUAGCAAGGAGAGAAUUAGGGGUUAGAAGCUCUUCUUACUUUGCUACCUCUUUCCAGUCCCCAGGAUUAUACUGUUGGUAAUCUCUUCCAGAUUUUAGCCUGAUCCUAUUGCUGGAAACAUUCCCAGCUGUUUCCGUUCUCAGUGACUUUGUAAAUUCUAAGAAUGCACUGUUCCAACACCAUACUUUCUAGCAUCCCAGCUUUUCUUUCACCUCAUAUCCUUUCCUGCACACAGUCUUCUGUAGUUUCCCAAUCUCCAGCUCUCUUUUUCUGGCUUCUUCUCACUCACUGGCAUUUUACCAUUACUUAUCUUCCCCACUAACAUUCCCUUUCUACUACCCAUCACCUGCUAAACACCUUUUGCUCAUUCCUCUCUCAGCAACAUCACCUCCAUACUACUCUUGUGUACUUUUCCUGAUCCCUACAUCAUUUAUUGUGACUUCCUUUCAACUCCCCAAGCUACCUUAUUGAUCAGCAUCAUGCUCACCCUGUUCAAGAUACAGUUUUCUUUCCGCUUCCAUCUCUUAGAAUCUUUAAUUACCCAAAAACUUAAUAAAUGCUGCUCAACUCUGGCCCACCCAGAUUUGGCUUUAGUUACUCUUUAAUUACUGUAGGAAUAGCAGAGGAGUGUUAGACUAUUAACACAGUUCAUGUAUUUAAAGCGGAGAAGCCCUAAGACCAAUGGAUCUAGAGGCCAGGUAGCUGACAACUAUUAAGUGAAAAAAAAUGGAAAAUCUGAUACAGGUGCUUGCUAACAGAGAAUUAUAGAAUAGAAACAUGGCUUUUGGAAAUGCAACAGUGUGUUGGGUUUGUGUGUGGUGAGUUUUUGGUAAUGGGGGGGAGGGCUACAGAAGUGGCUCCCGUGAGAAGCUUCUAGAAGCUUCUCCAAUUCCAAGUUAGACCUGCCUCUGACCAAGGCUGAGACAAUUAGCAAAGGUGGCCAUGGCUCUGUGAUAACAUAACCCGAGAGAAGGAGGAAUUGUCAGGGAGAUACCUCUGCAAACACCAAGGUCAGUUGAAGAAAGGGGAAGGAGA